AUGAUGUUCGCUCUUUUUUCGCAGCACUUUAGAACGCUUUCUAAGAACUCUGGAAAUGCUUCAAAGGGGUCCUAUGAGAGAAUUCGCAUCUGUCAGGUCGGGACCGUCGUCUUGCCUGACAAGGUCAGGACUGCCGUCUCGUCAAACGAGAUGGCGGUCUCGCCUGCGGCAAGUGGCGAGACAACCAUCUCACCAAACAAGACAGCGGUCUCGCCUUUGGCUAGUGGCGAGACGGUGGUCUCGCCUUUGGCUAGUGGCAAGACGGCGAUCUCGCCUUUGGCUUGUGGCGAGAUGGCGGUCUCGCAAAACGAGACAGUGGUCUCGCCAAACGAGACAGCAGUCUCGACCCUUUGGGCCUUUCCCAUCUUCGAACGGAAGUCUUCUGCUCUUUAUUUUGAGGUCGGACAAGAUUUGGGGUCUACAGUACUCGUCAAACCAUAUGGGG